AUGGUAGGAUAUAUUAAUGAGCCAAUUAUAUGGGAUAAAAUAGAGAAAGAACUUAUAAACAAUGAUAAAUUGGUUAGGAAUAAAGAUGACAUAUUUAAAAUAAUAUCAGAUAUAAAUGGAAUAGGAAGAAUAUUUACAGAAUUACCAGAACCAAUGGUAAAUCUAGCAUAUAAUAUAUUAUAUAUGAAAUUGGUUGAAGUGGGAGUAUUAACUACUGAUUUAAACCUAUUGAAAUCUACUGGUCUAGAUAAAAUUAAAAAUGCUAUUAAAAGCACUAAUAUAAUUAUAAAUAUAAUCAUGAGAGUAGGAGAAGAAAUACAAAAUAAUUAUCAAAGAAAGGAAUUUUAUAAUUUAAUGGGAAGUAAUUAUAUAAUUAUGAUGUAUGUUUAUAAGAUUAGAAGUAAUUUCUAUAAUUAUUCUAUUAAUAUACUGUGUGAGAAAGCAGGAAUACCAAAAUUAAAUGGUAAGGUAUCACAAGAAAAAGCAAUAAGUAAACUUUGUAAGUUGACAAAAUCAAAAAAGUGUUCUAGAAUAGUGCGAGUAUUAGAUAUACUAAUGAACCAUGGUGAUAAUCUAAUUAUAACAAAUAAAAAUGGAAUAGAACAAUCAAAUGCAAGUAAAUUACAGAUAAGUAAAGAUGAUAUUAAAUCAUUACAGUUACUUACAAGAACCUAUACACAGGAUGGUUUUAGCAGUUAUGUGAUUUUAAAUAAUUCAUUGUAUAGACUGUUUUAUAUUAAGUCCAUUAAUUUUAAACAUAAUCCCGUCUAUAAUUUGUAUAAUGAAGUGUUUAAUAUGUGCAUAAAUCCGGAUACAAAUGAGACAGAAACUGAUUCAUAUAUAAAUAUAAUUAAAGAACACUUAAACCAAUUACAAAGUGCAGAAAACACAGGGAAAAUGUUUAUGUGUGAAGAAACUGCCUUAUUUGAUUUUAUAAAGAAGCAUAAUACAUUUAAUACUGAAUAUUACAGAGGAGAUGAAUUUCAAAAUUAUUUAAAAUCUAUAAUAUUUGAACUUAAUAACAUACUGGCUAAUACUAUGGAGAACAUUCGUGUUGAAAAAAUAGAAGAACCCAAUAAGAUACCUCCUAAUGAAUUAGUCCCAGAAAGUAGUGAUGAACAAAAACCUAAUGAACAAAUAGGUAUAAAUUUCUGGAGUACUAAACUAUUCAAGAUUAUUACAGUAAUACUUAUAAUUACUUAUAUAAUUAUUCUUAGUAUAUUCAUGAUAUAUCCUACUGAAGCAAAAAGAAUUGUAAAUAAUUUUCUAUUACUUAAAUUUAAAAUAAUUUAUUUUUAA